AGGGAUGUUGCGUCGCGGGAGGUUGCACCUCACGAGAGAUGUCAAAAAUUUGAAAAUGGAAUAGUUUUAAAAUGGAAAGUUGUUUUGGGAAAUAGCAAGGUGUUCGCAGAGUAGGGCGAAUGUUUUUCCGCGCGUUUCCCUUUAGGUUCGGUGUGUAGCUGGAUUUAGGUAGUCGUAAUGUUUUAGAAAAUUAAAAAGUAUUUAGGGUACGUAAGUGUGGAUUGUGAGGAUUUGUUGCAGUGGUUGGUCGACGCGGUGUCGGUAUUGUGGUGCCUGUAUAACCUUGACACAUUUCCCGCGCUAGCUUCACAACCUUGUUUUCAAUUGCACUCUCUUUUGACAUUUGCAAGAACGAAGGCUAUUUAUAAUUAGUGGAGUUAAACGCAGAGAUCCCGCGUGUGAUGUAUGAAAACUGUGAAAUUACCAUAAUUUUUUCGCGAUCCUAGUAUAAAAUUUACCUUCAUAAAAAAUGCAAAAUGUGGACUAUUAGAUGAUACGGACUAAAAUGUGUAUGGAAUAAUUCGCAAAAAUUGAAUUUCAUUGCAAUGUUGUGACUGCGCUCUCGUUCAAGGUCGGUGCCUGGCAAAAUGAUAACUUCAAGAGAUAUCAACACCAUCAUUAUGCUAGUUGGAAUCGGAAUCCUAUACAUAAUUAAACUAACCGACUGUGAUAUCAUCACAGAGGCACCAAAAGAUAUAAAACAAAAAGACAGUCAAUACAACGAUGUCCAAGAGCCGGAGCCUCUGCCAGUUUUACAUGGAAACGAUACCAGAUGCAGAAUAUCGGAGUAUCAGUGUUUUAAUAAAAAAUGUGUUCCGAUAAACCGAUUCUGCGACGGCAGUAACGACUGUGGGGACGCUUCGGACGAGCCAAGACAUUGCACACGCUGUAACAAAACGUACUACGGUGAUAUUGGCCGUACGUAUGAGAUGGAGCUUCAUAGACCGAGAGAAGAUUUGGUUCCAUACGUGUGCCUGCUAACUAUCACAGCUGCUGGAGGCAUACAUGGUGAUCUGGUUCAGAUUUUGUUCGACAGUUUCACCCUCGGUCGCUUCACAUCCUUCACCGAUGACGGUUGUCCAGAUGGGUACAUGCAGAUACAGGAAGCAAGCCGUCCUCAAGUCGGGGGUUCAUGGUGUGGGACCUCUUGGGGCCCUUCAAUAUACUACAGUGAAACCAAAUCCAUCACCCUCAUAAUACGCUUAUUACAUCUAUCGAAAGAACAGAAUAAUUACAACUUCGAUUUCAGAAUGGCAUAUAAAGUUUUGAGAAGGGAAUUUGCUACAGUUCGUUAUGGAGGCACUCCGCCAUCAGAGCGCCCCUUUUUCAAACUCAGGCCGAUGUUAUAUCCCGUAAACAUAUCACGCGGAGAAGAUACGAACACUGGAAGGAUGACAAAAACCCUCGAGUAUUACCUUGGGGAUUUGAUCUCAGGGACUUAUUGCUCCCGGAUCUUCAGUGACUGCGAUCGUAAAAACUGUAGAUUACAGUCUCCGAACUUCCCUGGAGUAUAUCCUAGAAACCUAACUUGUUAUUAUGCGGUUCGACAGCACGAAGUCCCUCAAGGAAAACACGCGUUGAUCGUGGUCAAGCAGCCGAACGGUCAAUUGAUUUCCAUAAGGAGUCAGAAGGCAUUAUACGCUCCGUCACAAAACGAUAGAGAAAAUAAUGGGAGGGAGCUAAAGUUUUGGCAACAUUGUGACGAAGUUCAGGACUACGUCACUGUUUAUGACGGUUAUACGACAAGAGACCCGGUGAUUCUAAGGUUUUGUGGUGGAGGUGUGUCGGUACCAGAGGCUAUAUCUAGUGGACCAGAGUUGCUGGUGGAAUUUACUACGUCACCGUUUGGUACAUUUCUGCAACCAGCUACGACACAAUCUUUGCAUGGAUUUCAGUUGGAAGUUGAGGUACGCUUCGUAGAUCAACAGUCACCAACUUACGCAAAAAACAAAAGAGCAUGCGAGUUCUGGAUCAGAGGAACAGGAAGGGGAAUAUUGGAACACCCUCAGCAUUCUUUACCCCCAAACACAACAUGCCUAUACCACAUGCAGGGCAUUGACACAUCAGGACCUUCGGGAAGGAACAUUAUCUACCGGAGGCAGUUCUCAGCUCCGCGUUUCAGGGUUUGGUUCUCGGUGCUGAAAUUCUAUGUAACCAACGCUAUCAAUCCUAAUUUACCGGAGGAUGAGUAUUGUGGGAGUCAUUUAAAUAUAUGGGAUGGUCCGAUGAGGAUAUCGCCUGGUUGCAGUGAUAUUUUUUGUGACAAAGAGAGAUCAGUACAAAUGUCAAGAGCUACAUCACCCCAGUCAGUGAUAGUUGGUCGCCCACCUACAAACGCGACUCUCAUAGCGAGGUUUUGCCGGGAACGUGCACCGAGGACCUGUGAGCAUGCGCUACUAAGGAAAUCUAGGGCAUGCGCCCGAACAGAAAGCUUUCUGUCUAAAGGAGACUCGUUGACUUUGGAACUGAAGUUGACUCAAGGCACUGCUCUAAAGCCAGUUUUCUUCAAAGCACUCUACGAGUUUGUCGAUCUGCAUCAAGAUGGGGAGCCAUGGGGUCGAGGACCUUGUUCGAGACGAUUUGUCUCCAGGUCCUUUCCUGAAGCUCCACCGGAUCCGCCUAUUACGUUCUCUUCGCCCAGGGACGUCUUCUUGUAUGGCAGAGGGGGUACAAGAAAUAUUAGUUGUACAUAUCGUUUCGAAGCCAACCCAGGGGAAGUGAUACGGCUGCGCGUCUGGGGAGUACGUAAUGGAGGUCGCCUUUGCAGAUCCGUCCAUUCGGCACAUUCGCCCUGGUUUCGCUGUGGAGGUAACCCCACGGCUGCCGUGAGAAUAUUCGAAAGGCCCUGGAGAGAUAGCGGACCGGGUGUGCCUAGGGAUUGUCUAUGCAGUGAUGUCAGCGAUUAUGAAUUCACAUCUACUUCAAUGGUCGCAGAACUCAAGUUCGACGUGGUGAACAUGUCAGCUGUAGAUGAUUUUCGUUCUUUUGGAUUUGAAGCCUCAGUUGAAUUUAUACGUCUCGAAAAUGUUUGUGAAAGCACUCACAGAGUGUACGGUGCUAGUGGUGAAUUGAAACUGUCAGCCUAUACUCCUUUGUCAGAAUCUGAGCGCUGCGACCAUCGUCCGUGGCUAAUAGAUCCUGCUCCAGGUCGAUAUCUUUACAUGCAAAUCCAGGGUAGCUUACUGAGGGAGCCAGAGCUGGAUAACUUCACUCUCCAGAAUAAUAUUACAGCGGCACCAGAUUUAGGGCACUUGUGCAGAACACCAAACCGUAUUGCCAUCUACGCUGGGGGACUAUCACCGUUAUUUAUUUGUCCUAGACCUCCAGAAGAACAGGCAGACGAUGUCGUGGAAGUAUUUUCAGAAGGAUGGUCCAAAGAAGUAGACUUACUCGCUCGACAUGUGCUGGCGCCACCGCCUUCUGCUGACCGCUUCGACCUUGACUGGCCAAGAUCGCUCUCCGUGGAGUUACUAGCGUUUGAACAUGGAUCUUAUUAUAUAACGUGGCUUGAACUCUCCAGAAGACACGCAAGCGACCGAGGAGGGGUAUUCGCACUGUCGGGAGAGUGCCCUUAUCGCUGCGAGUCUCUGGACGCGUGUAUCGAGCCCGCGCUUUGGUGUGAUGGCAUCGCGCAGUGUCCUCAAGGCGAGGACGAACGUCUGUCGCAGUGCUCAGCGCUGUUGAGGGUGCCUGCGCACUACGCUGCGGCACUACUCGCACUUACUGUUCUCGCUGCUUUUGCUGUGAUAGCGGUAGCGCGUUCAUGCCGCAGACGCCGCUCAGCACUUCAGCAGCGGCUCAAGAGCCUGUCAUCGGACACGGCCAUUUUCGACGAGAAAGAAGUGAUUUGCUGACCAAGCGAGGACUCUGUGCGAUACGUGGAAGUCGACAGGGUUACCACCGUUUGACUUCCCGCACAGGGUCUGUACUUUAUUAAAAAUCGCUAUGUGUCAGCGUUUUUGAAUGGUAGAUAGGCGGACAAAAUGGUCCAUGGUUAACGAAUGAAUGAAAAACGAUUCGUGGUCGUUUGAAAUUGCGAUGUUAUGUGGUUAGAAGAAAUGAUAGAAGAAUUGCCGGCUGGCUUGGGUUAUUACACCAAACUUGUUUUACCAAAGCUUUAAUCAGACAAGGAUUGCUGUAUGAUCUUUUUAUUGAAUAAUAAAUUAGUGAAAAUUUCAGCGAUAACUGUGGCUAUGAUAUGAAUUUCUUCAUUGCGAAUCUUAUAAAUAUUAAAUCUUUCCUUUCAUUGUUUUGUAUUUUUGGACUAAUUCAGUAAGUAAUACCUUUUACAGAGCCUGUACAUUUUCACCUUAAUCAUUGAUCUCAUUUCCAUCCAGCCAUUCACCUAGUCCUAGAUCUAUAGACAACAUAAUAUCUAAUAGGUAAUUAUUUUUGGACUUUGGUAAACACGUAGGUACCUAUUUACUUACAGGCGAUCUUCUUCAUAUUAUUAUUCUGCAAUUGUGAAUUAAAACCAACUUGCUGAAAUAACCUAAGUCCAGCUUUAACCAGUUCAUAGUACAUAAUGAAAAUUUUAAAAGUAUUCGCUCCAAGGGAUUAGAUUAAUAUGUUGGAUUUCAAUUACAUUUGUACAUUUUGGACCAAUUGCUGUUGAUCGGUCGUUGUGGUUUCAAUGCUGAAUUUGUUUUCUAUUCGUGUAAAAAUAUAAGUUUCACUCCACUCGCUCGGCAAUGCCUAAAAAAAGGUAAAGUGCCAUCAUA